AUGGAAAUAUAUGAAGUACAGUGGAUAAGUAAGGCAUCAGCUGCUCAACGUGCAGAAAGUGCUGGAAGAACCGGGCCUGGAUACUGUUACCGUCUGUACUCUUCUGCAGCAUAUAGUAACAUAUUUCCUGACUUUUCUCUGGCUAAAAUAUCUAAAGUCCCUGUUGAUGGUGUUGUACUUUACAUGAAAUCCAUGAAUAUUGAUAAGGUAUCCAAUUUUCCAUUUCCAACUCCUCCAGAGGGUGCUGCCUUGGAUGAAGCUGAGCGUUGCUUGAAGAUCCUUCAAGCACUUGAUAGCAAUGGAAGACUGACACCUUUAGGGAAGGCCACGUUUGGAGGGUUUCCCAUGAUAAGAACCCUCUAUUAUUGUAUGAGGAAGAGCUCCUAG